CCCAAUAAACCAUACAUCAAUGCUAUUUAUUCAGCUCUCAGAUGAAGUACAAAUCUCAAUUUUCAAAAAUUGACACUUAAGACUGGUUUUGUGGUCCAGGGUCACAUAUCAUGAGUUUAAUGUUUCUAUGAAAAUCUCUUAUCUCAAGUAGCUUUGCACAGAAGAGCGGAAGUAUUCUUUGUGGCUUUUGAUUCUGUACGGACUUCUUAUUGAAUGAACGAAACAACUUCCGGCUUCUAAACCGCUCAAGCAGCGGAAAUCAUUAAACUCAGCGGAACUAAUCUGCGCAGCAUUCUCAAUUCUGCUUUUUUAACGACAUCUAACGUCUUAUAUUUAGACGUUAUUUGGUGGGAAACUGUGUGAAAUUCAGUUUGAGCUUUCUGAUUAUGGUGUAAACGGAGCAAUUCAGUGACCCUGACAGCGGCAGGUGUGUGUGAGAGUGUGUAUGUUAGUCUGCUGGUAUGCUGACGUUAGCCAGUAAGCUGAAGAGGGAGGAGGGUGUGAGAGCUGGCCGGACCCCUGCAGGCUCCAAUGAUGCCUCUCAUAGAGUGUCCAUCAGAGACCGACUGCUCAUCAAAGAUGUUUCAGAACUUGAGGCUAACCUUCCGAAUACCUGUAAAUUAACGUUCCCUGAUGAAAACAAACUCUGUCACUUCCAGUUGGCCAUUUCACCAGAUGAAGGCUAUUACCUUGGUGGAAAGUUUCAGUUUGAGAUUGAAGUUCCCGAAGCCUAUAAUAUGGUGCCUCCUAGAGUCAAGUGCUUGACUCGAAUAUGGCAUCCAAACAUUGCAGAAACUGGGGAGAUCUGUCUGAGUCUAUUGCGAGAGCAUUCAAUUGAUGGUACUGGAUGGGCACCCACUCGUACUCUAAAGGAUGUAGUAUGGGGACUGAAUUCACUCUUCACUGAUCUUCUUAACUUUGAUGACCCACUGAAUAUAGAUGCAGCGGAACAUCAUUUACGGGACAAGGAGGAUUUCAGGAACAAAGUUCAGGACUUCAUUAAAAACUAUGCAAGAUGAUGUCUCUGUUGAGCCACACACACAUGCAUGUGACUUUGCAGAUGUACAUCAAUCCAGACUACAACAGAGACAAAAUCUCAAACUAUUAAAACAUUCUUGGGGACAGAAGAAAGUUAAAAAGCAUAUUGAAUGACACUGUAAGUCCCUGAUCAAGAUUUGGGAGGGGUGGAUGGGGGGUGUGGGCCUUACUUUCCAUUUUCGAUAUCUUUUUUUAUUUGUUUUUUGAAGCGGACAAUCAUGCAGCUUCUUCAUCAAGUUUGCUAUUACCCCAACCCACAAAAAAAGAAGAAAAAAAAAGAAAAGAAAAAGUACAAAGACGGUGAUCAUGAAAAUGAGGACGUAUAACCUCUCUGAUGUCACCUCCUAUGCUAGUGCCUCUGUUUUUUUUUGCCACAUAUAACUGGACACAUGUUGUAAGCCAACUUCUGCGGCCUGCUUCUUCUCAAAACUUGACAACCUACAAACACUGAGAUUAAUUUGUUCAUAAGUGAUGUCAUAGAAAUCCCAAAGUUCCAUUGGUUCAUUCGCUCUGGGGGAGGAGUCCACCGAUGAGGAAUCACAAAAAUAUAUAGCACUGAUGUCCCACAGAAUACAUCAGUGUGUUUCCGAGUGGAUUCUGUAAAGCCAUUUCAUGUAACUCGGCACCUCUCUUCAUGUAAAAUCACUGCACUUAUCGGACUACUCAGUAUCACGUGUACACGCGCAAAUAUCAAAAUGUCUGUGGGUGCCUCUGAAUGAGUCAUGAAACCGUUUCAGUUCAAAUAUAUGUUCACGGGUGAAUCUCGUGAUUGUCCGGGUCACAUUUUUAUGGAAGCCAGUUUACACAAUGAAAUAAAAGUAAAACAUAUAAUUGUGACCUUCUAUCUAACAAUUGACUUGAUAUGCAAAAAAAGAUGA